AAAAUAGUGACGCGAGAUUGGCGCGCCCGCGGUAGGUGCGUCUUAGCCGGUGUUUAUGUUAUAGAGUUAGGCAUAAGUUACAAGAAUGAUGUUCACAAAACAGGUUCAUUUGUAUGCAGUGUGUGUUUCCUGUAGCUGUUUAUUUGGAUGAAAAACACUUGGCCGGUCUGAGAGAAGUGGCGAGUAGCUUUAAGUGUUCAGAAUGGUGACUGUACGAUGGGGAAAUGUUCCAACUUUUCUGCCUUUGAGGAAGAAACAUUUCGUCAUCCUGAGCUUGACAUUUCCGCUUGAGUAGAGUUGUUGCCGCAGCUUGCUGGGAAGUACGUCAUCUAACGUUGUAAUUGCAGUGUUUGUUCGGCGUUUGAGCUGUUUUAGAGGAGCAGAGAUGCUGAAUGUGCCCUCGCAGUCAUUCCCCGCAGUCAGCUCUCAGCAGAGAGUCGCUUCAGCCGGCCAGCCCAGGAACAAGGUGGCUCUGAAGCCGGGUCACAGUCUUAUGGACUGGAUUCGGCUCACUAAAAGUGGCCGUGAUCUGACUGGACUGAAGGGGAGACUGAUCGAGGUAACAGAAGAGGAACUAAAGAAACACAACACAAGAAAUGACUGUUGGACAUGUAUAAGAGGUAUGGUGUAUAAUGUGAGUGCAUACAUGGAUUUCCACCCUGGUGGGGAAGAGGAGCUGAUGAAGGCAGCUGGUACUGAUGGCACUGACUUGUUUGACCAGGUCCACCGUUGGGUGAAUUAUGAGUCCAUGUUGAAAGAGUGUCUGGUGGGCAGGAUGGUGGUAAAGGCCAGCACAGCCAUUAAAGCGCAGCCACUGAAACCUGAGAACACCCACGUGAAUGGUCUUGCUCCUCCUGCCACAUUGUUGUUGGAUUCAGCAGGAGCUGCUCCAGCGCUGAAAGACAAUCACCCUCGAUAUGACUGGUUCCAGACAGAGGAAACUGUUAAUAUUGUUAUUUACACCAAGCGUAAGAUUCCGAGAUCUGGCUGUUCAGUAGUGGACCUUCAAGGAAACAUUCUGCGGAUAGAGGUGCUCUUAGGACACUGGUCAUAUCUACUUCAUUGGAGUCUUUCUCAUGAAGUAGAAGAAAAUGUUAUAGUUCAGACAGUGAGUUCGGUUGGGAAGGUUGAGGUGUGCCUGCGCAAAAGCCUCAAAGCCAAGUGGGCACAAGUGGGUCAACCCCUAGAAUCCCAUGAUUCAUUUAUUCAGAGUAAACACCGGGGGCUGUUCUACAGAGAUUGUGUAUUGGUUUCAAAGAAAGAAGUUACACAUGACACACAGCUCUUCUGUUUCCGGUUACCUCCUGGAGCACACAUGCACAUCCCUGUGGGGAGACAUGUCUACCUCAAAGCUUCCUUUCAGGGCAAUGAUGUUGUAAAGCCCUACACACCAGUAGACCAGGUGCUCAUGCCCCACAUUCACUCCAGCAACACACUGGGCUCUGAAAUCUAUCUGAUGAUUAAAGUCUAUCCUGAUGGAGUGUUCACACAACAUUUGGACAACCUUGACAUCGGAGCCUCUAUGUCCAUGAGCGGUCCAGAGGGUCCUUUUACACUCAGGAGUCUGCGUGAUGUCACUCAUUUGUACCUCUUAGCUGCUGGCACUGGUUUCACACCCAUGGCUCGCCUCCUCUGCCUUGCCUUACAGGACCUGCCCUCUGUCAGGAAGACCAAGCUGAUGUUCUUCAAUCGUCAAGAGAGAGACAUCCUGUGGUACUCUCAGCUGGAGCACCUGUGUGCAGAGGAAGAGAGAUUUCAGGUUGAAUAUGUUCUCUCAGAGCCUGUGGGCUCAUGGACAGGCAAAAGAGGACGAAUAGAUGCCACAAUGCUGCAGGCAUUCAUGGAAAGACCAGGAGACUCCAAGUGCUUAGUGUGUGUGUGUGGACCAACUGGUUUCACCGAGCUGGCAGUGCAGCUGGUCAAGCAGCAGGGAUUCAGUGAAAAGGAGAUUCAUGCUUUCAAGAGUUGAGCCGUAAGAAUUAGUACUAGAGAUUUCUAUGCAUCACAGACAGCAAAGAUCUUCAGUAACUCCCAGUGAUUGAUUUGAGGUUGGCUUUCAGUAAAUAGCAAUGGUCGUGUCUGACAUGUAUGAUCAUCUGGAAAUCCUAUGCACUUACUUCAUCUAAGCAUUUCCAGGUCACCCAUCCUUCUGUCAUGGGCCACUCUUAUUUCACGUGUAAACUCUUGAAGGAGAUAUAGCACUGCCACUGUAAAUUCAAAUUUUAUCCAUCAAAUGCAUUUUUGUUAUGUUUUGUUAUAUGGAAUGGUCAUUUUUGUCUUGACAAAAUUUAUAUAUGAACCAAUCAGCUAAACCAUGUAGCCAGGGAAUGCUAAUUGUAAAAGUAAAUGAGUCUUUAAAAGUGUAGAUUCUCUCCACAUGCUCGCAGUUGGUGAUCUGAAAUAAAACUAAAGAACUCAUUUGGAAAA